AUGGCUGCACACAGACACGCGCUCUCGGUGAGCCUCCUGGUUGUGGCGACUACCAUAGUCUUACUCAAGGUCCUGCAGUCGCGGCUCAUUUGCGAGUAUUGUGCCAACGCGUACCCCAAUGUCCCCCCGAAAGUGUGGAAACGCAAGGGCGAUUAUAACCGUCACCUCAAGAUCCAUGAGGACACCAGACCACACCAGUGCCCAUUCAAGGGUUGCGGCAAAACGUUCGUACAGAACUCGGCAUUGAAGACGCAUGUGAACACGCACACGGGGGCGAAGCCUUACCAGUGUAACUUUUGCAGCAAGCGGUUCGGCGAUCCGUCAUCUUGCUCAAGACAUCGUCGCGAGAACCAUUCUAGUCUCGUCGCGUACUGCUGCCCUGUUGAUGACUGUCCUACGAAGUGA